AUGCCUCCCGCGUACAGCGACAGUGGCUCAGACGCCUACAACCCUUCUGACGGCACUAGCAGCGCCUCGACCGAGUCCGCCAGUCAGUCUCUCCGCAUCCCCCGUCGCGACCUCGUCGACUACCUCUCCGACGACGACUUGCCUCCCUCCGCCGCCAAGCUUCCUACCCCGAGCGACAUAGUCUACUCGCGCCAAAUUCCCCAAGCCCGUCUCGCCAAAUCUCGCUUGGUCAAGGUCCUCCGUCGCGAGCCAGCGAUCGGCGAAGAAGAGACGACGGGCGAGGUACUCGGUCCCACGGAAGGGGAGGACGAGCCUGAGGGCGGCGAGGAGUAUCAGGACGGCGGCGAGGCUAUGGAGCGGUCGUCUUCUAGCGCAGCCGCGACCGUCGCGGCCGAAGCACAGGUCGCGGCGCAGGAAGGCGACGGCGCUCCGGGAGAAAGGGUGGACGGUGCGUCAGUCGAGGGCGAGGCUGAGGGUGUGGAAGAGAGGAGUGAGCCAUCAGUAGGCUCGGAACAGGCGGAAGAGGAGGAGGACGACGAGGACGACGAGGAACCUUCGUUCGGUCCCGCAGUACAGGCCGUCCACAGUAUCGCGUCGAUCGCCGAGCUCGACAGGAAGUUCGAAGCUGUUCGCCGUCGCAGUACCUGGUUCAACUGGAACCCGAACCUCUGCAACACGAAGACGAAGCGCCAGCCUUUCAUUAUGCUCGGUGACCCAGCUUUGAAGGGCAGGAACGUCCAGAGCGAACCAACGCUGAAGAUCGACACCCUCGUGACGAUUCGCGAGGAGGCGGCUGCGGGCGGUGAGAAGAAGGCGAUCAAGUACUAUAAGAAGGAGAACCUGCCGGCAUGGUGGAACGAGUACCCCAAAAUCUUCGGGCCGCUCCGCCGCGAAUCUGCGCGCUUCAUCUCGGCAGUGUUGCAGGUUUGCGCCAACGACAGCGAGGUCGACGAGGUCAUGCACGACAGCAACUUUGACGGCUAUCGCGCCUCUCCCGGAGAAACGACCUUGUUCACUGCCAUCCGCAACGACAUCGAGAAGAUUUUUGACAAGGACAAGGGCGACUACCCCGAGCCCAACCUGAUCACCAAGCUCUGUGCUCUUCUCGUCGACGGCUACGAGCAAGACGGCGUUGCAACUUCCACGAACGGCGAGAUGCCGCGCCUGUCGGACCCCUCGGGCGAGAACCACAAGCAGUUCGCUUACGGCGCGGUCGGCGUCGGCGCGCUCAUCAUUGGCGUCCGCCUCCUCCGCCCUCACAUCUCGGCGACUAGCUCCUACAUUGCCUUCAAGCGCAACAGCAAGCUCGCGCUCACGAUGCUGGAGUCAGAAGACCGGAUACGGCUCGGCUUUCCACGCGCAAAGGGACAGGCGCAGCGACUCUUCCUUGAACUUGUCACGGACCAGGCUGUUCCACCUCCGCCGCCUCCCACUCAGCCUCCUCUGCUUACCUUCCCCUUUCUCCCAACCGACCCUCCUGACGCGCGCGGCCGCCUGCGGUCCUACCGCCCGGACCUCUCUCCCGCCCACAUCGAACGCGCCGUCUAUGUCCUCGGCUGGAUCAACCACGUCCUCGCAUCAAUGGGCAUCACCGCGCUCGAAAACAAGCAGAAAAUCGAGUUCUGGAAGGACGUCCGAGCCCGUUUUUACAAGACGCCGGUCCCGCGCGCGAGAGACUUCAUCACCUUUCCCGAACGCCGCGUCGCCUAUACUCUUCACACGUACGCUGGACAAGGGCAGGCGAUCUAUCGAGGCAAGUUGAUUCGAGACGAUGGGAGCGGGUGCGGAGAGCGUAUGGAGGGGGGAUGGAGGAUUUUCGACCCGAUUCUCGCCCAGUCCGCCGUUGAACUCGGCAACAAGAUCUUCCGCGAGACGAACGACUACAUCGUCGCCGAACGCCGAAUGGCCGCCCAUCUCGACCUGGGUGAGCUCGUCCUCGACGAGAACGAGAUCGAGACGCUGCUCGAGCACCCGCGAGUCUACGUCGACGCCGACACUCUCACCUGCGCAGGCUGCGGCGAGGCAAAGCCGCUCACUGACUUCCCGGAUGCCGACGCCGACGAAGUAUACUCGUACAACCGAAUCCUCUGCUUGGCUUGUGGACCGGCGACCGAAGGCGACGCCUUCUCGCCGCGUUAUGACGUUUUCCGGUCGCUCCGCAAGAUCCGUGCGCGCGAGGGCAUCGACCGCUCCACCUCCACGCCCAAGAGUCUCGCCAGGGACUACGACGGCUGCUACGGCUUCGACUUCGAAUCCGGCAUGGGCUUCGACCUCUACUCCCAACUCCCGAUCGCCAUCGCUACCGACGAACCGACCGUCGUCUCGCUCGACUGCGUUGCGCCGAUGCCCUCGCAGAGUGGCUUCCUCGUCGCUCACGGUGAUCUCCGGAACGUGGUCCCUACUUUGCGGACCACAAAUUGGGCAGUCGGUAACCGAAGCCGCUUCGCGACGGAGAUCUUGACCACGCUCACCGCUCUUGUCCCGGUGAUCCACCAUCUCGAACGCACAGCAUCCGACCGGACCCUCAACCAGCUCGAGAAGGAUGCGCUCGAGUACGCGCAACAGCUCGUCCAGGACGCGCGCUCGGCGAACGAGAGCCUCCGGCAUGCGGAAGGAGCUUUCGGAAUCUUCAAGCGGUUGCGCAAGGUGGCGACUGUCAGCGUCGACGACGUCUCUUUUUCGCAUGACCCCUUCGCCGACUUCCUCGCCGUCCUCUCCCGCAUCGAGAAGAUCCACGCGUCCUUCAUCAAAGCUCGCCCGGAUGAGGAGGAUCCGCUGCCGGGAACUUCCGCCUUCUAUUGCAAAAACUUUGAGGAGUUCUCUAACAUCGACCCCGAGAACCUUCAGUCGUCUUUCGCUACGGCCGACGAGAUCCUCGGCGAGCACCAACAGCUUGUCCCAGUCUACGCACCCUUCCCCGAGUCCAGCCGCCCGAGGGUGACUUUCGAGUCCCAGGAGGAGCAGGCGCGGGUGAGGAAGCUGGUCGAGGCGAUCGAGAAAAGCAAGAAGAUCAAGCAGAUCAACCCGCGGUUCUCCGGAUUUGCCUACCUCUCGGACGGCUCAGGCUGGCCUGCCUUUGUGUCGCCGGAGGAAAUCGCGCUUUGGGAGCAGGAGCAGGGGCGCAAGCUCACCCUCGAGGACCUCCUCGCCGAAGCGGGUUUCCGGAUGUUGCGGGUUCUGGAGAAGUGUGACCUCAAGUACCGCGAGCACCCGGACGCGGACCCUCUCGACGGAUACUUCGGCAACUUACUGGUCGACCUGUACCUUCAGUUUGCGCUAGGCGAGCAUGAGGACCUCCUCCUGGGCAAGUCCUACUUGCUCGCCAAGGGCAACGCUUACAGCGCCGGUAUCGGUCACCGUUUGCCAAAGCGGCCGAUGACCUUCGGAGUGUCGAAACCGCGACCGACUCGAUUGAAGGACUACAACUUUAACGACCGCAACAUGCAGCGCCGCAACUGGGACUUGACCCGCCACUUUACGGUUCAGCUUCAGGCGUUCGCGUCGGACGCCGACAGGAAGAAGGCGAUCCAGGCGUAUGGUCACGCCCUCUCGCACUGGCUCAAGAAAGGCAGGUUCAAGUCGCUCGACGCGGACAAGCAGGAGGUCCUCUCCGCCGCACUCGACGCUUUCUACGCUUCACCGGUGUAUAACUGGCUGGGGCCGUGGAGAGCUCGCGGACUCAUCUACUUGAAGCGCGUUGCUGCCUGA